AUGCCUGGGGAUCAGUCAGAUGAAUUGGCAGUGUAUAUAAUAAGACGAGGUCAACUGAAGGCACAGUUAACCAAGUUCCAAACAUAUAUAGAGGAGUUAGACGUGGAUUGUGGCAACAAUAUCAUAAAGUUAAGGUUGCGUCUAGAGAAAAUAAAAGAACUUUGGACCGAGUUUGAUUUGAUUCAAAAUAAUAUCGAAAUAAAAGAUACCGGUAAUGAUCAAUUAGUCUACAGAGAUACGUUUGUAGAUUUAUACUUCGAUGUGGUCGCAAAGGCGGAAACUAUGGUGCAAGGUUCAAACUCUGUGUGUAGUAUGAACAAGGUGAGUGUCCCAGGCAGUUAUAACGAUAUGCAAGUAGGUGGUCCUGCGAUAAAAAUGAAACCGUUAGAAAUACCUAUAUUCUCGGGAAAAUUUGAAGAGUGGUCUACAUUUAAGGAUUUAUUUCUAACCAUGGUGCAUUAUUCAGAAAUAAAUAGUGUACAAAAAUUUGUUUAUUUACGUAUGCAUUUGUCUCGGGACGCAUUAUCUCUAAUACAAAAUGUGGUAACUACAGCUGAUAAUUACUCUGAUGCAUGGAACACUGUCGUAGAGCGUUACGAUAAUAAGCGUAUACUCAUACAAUCGUAUACAAAAAAUAUCUAUGAACUAGAACCAAUGCAAAAGGAGUCAAGUGUUCGUUUAAGAAAGUUUACGGCAGACUUAAAUAUGAAUAUGCAAGCUUUAAAAGCGUUAGGUCAUGAUCCUGAUGCCUGGGGUGCGCUAUUAUUACAUGUAAUUUUAGUCAAGUUAGAUUACAACACAAUACGCAAUUGGGAAUCUAUAGCGGCAAAAAAUACAUUGCCAGCUGUAAAGGAGUUGAUUACAUUUUUAAAUGAACGGUGUCAAAUAUUAGAGGCAAUUGAUAGCUCAAAAAAUUUAGCGUAUAAAUCAAAUAAUAUGCAGCUUAAGCAAAAUAAUCGCAAUAAAAAUGACACAAUCACGCAAUUCAAUAAUAAUAAAAGAUUUAACGCAUUUGUGACUACUAAUCGCUUAGCUUGUUAUUUUUGUAAGGAACCGCAUCCCAUUUAUAAGUGUCAAAAGUUUAUUGCACUCAGUGCAAGUGAGAGAACACUAAAGGUCGAUGAACUAAAUCUGUGUCGUAAUUGCCUUGGUACGGGGCAUACGGAUGUAAAAUUGUGUUGGUCGAAAAAAGUAUAUUCCAAAUGUAAAAAAAUGCAUAAUACGUUGUUGCAUGCGGAUGUAAAACAAGACGUACAAAAUGCGUUUAUGUCGAAUGUGUCCAAUGAAGAGGUGGUGGUUAGUCACGCCGCCCGUGUUCAAACGCGCGCACAAGUGCUAUUAGCGACAGCAGAAGUACACAUAGUAAAUGCGUGUGGCGAGCUGGUUGUAUGCAGGGCAUUAUUAGAUAAUGGUUCACAAAUCAAUAUUUUGACCGAAGCAAUGUCACAGCGAUUAGGACUGGCGCGAACAAAAAUAAACAAAUCGAUAUCAGGUAUUAAUGAGGUGGUGAGCCGUGCCACGUAUGAGGUGACAGCGUCUAUUAAGUCACGUAUAAAUAAUUAUUCCACUACCAUAAAUAUGUUGGUACUACCAAAAAUUACUGGAAACCUCCCUACCAGCAAUAUUGAUACCACAAAAUGGUCGAUACCCAAAGAUAUAAAGUUGGCUGAUUCCAGAUAUUUUAAACCUGAAAAAAUAGAUUUACUGAUUGGUGCUGACUCGUAUUGGGAAAUAAUGUGCACAGAAAAUUUCAAGCUUCAUACAAUGGGUCCGUACUUACAGCAGACAAUGUUCGGCUGGAUUAUUGUUGGACCAGUGAAUGAACGUUCAUCAAAAAACAAUACAACAGCUUGCUUUGUGGUAGGUGAAGGUAAUUAUUCAAAUUUGGAAAAGGAUAUUGAGGAAUUUUGGAAAAUUGAAGAAUGUUCCACGGAAAAUACAGACGAAACGUCCGAAGACGCAAUGUGUCGCAAACAUUUUCAAGAUAACGUAUCAGUUGAUUCAACGGGAAAAUUUGUCGUAAAAUUGCCGUUUCGCGAUAACGUAGAUCAAUUAGGCGAGUCAUAUAAUAUCGCGCUAAAACGAUUCUUAUUACUAGAGCGACGUCUCGGCAAAAAUCCCGAGCGAUAUAGUCAAUAUAAAUUAUUUAUGGAAGAAUAUGAACACUUGGGACAUAUGGAAAAAGUUGAUGAGGAUAAGGAUUUAUCAGUGAAAACAUAUUAUAUGCCACACUCUUAUGUUCUUAAUGAACAUAGCCGAACAACAAAGUUGCGAGUAGUGUUUGACGGUUCGUGCAAGUCAGAUUCGGGGCUAUCGUUAAACGAUGUAUUGUUAAAGGGCCCUAUGUUACAAAACGACCUCACGUUAAUCGUAGCUAGAUUUCGUACCCAUAAAUAUGCAUUUUCAGCUGACAUAAAAAAAAUGUAUAGGCAGGUAUGGGUCGAUAACGCGGAUCGAGACUAUCAGCGUAUAUUGUGGCGUGGUGACCCUAAUGAGCCAAUUAACAAAUAUAGAUUAUGUACAGUAACGUACGGAACAGUACCUGCAAGUUUCUUAUCAGUGGCAUGUCUUCAUAAAUCAACGGACAUAAAUACAAUGUGUCCCAAGGUAGCACAGGUAAUAAAAAAUGAUUUUUGUGUCGACGACUGUUUGACAGGAGCGUCAACGUUAUCGGAGGCGUUAAAUUUACGUAAUGAAUUGAUUAAAUGCCUAAGUAAAAAUGGAUUUGAAUUAAGCAAGUGGACAGCAAAUCAUGUAGAUUUAUUAAAAUAUAUACCAGUUCCAAAUGAAAAUUCACUAUAUUCAUUAAAUAUGGAAACUGAAGCAAUAAAGACAUUAGGUUUGUAUUGGGAAGCAAACUCUGAUUGUUUCAUUUAUAAAGUAUCAUUACCAGUGACUGAACAUAAAAUAACUAAGCGAGGUAUUUUAUCGAAUAUUGCGCGUUUGUUCGACCCGCUCGGAUUCCUCGGGCCUGUUAUCGUAAUCGCUAAAAUCCUCAUGCAGCAUUUAUGGAAACUAAAAAUAAAUUGGGAUAAUGAAUUAUCAAUAGAAAUGCAAAUGCAAUGGAAAAAAUAUUUAAAUAAUUUAGAUCAGUGUAAUAAUCUUAGUAUCCCACGAUGGUUGCAAUGUGAUGACGCAGAAAAAAUAUACGUACACGGAUUUUCCGAUGCAUCGCUUAAAGCGUAUGGGGCUUGUAUAUAUGUAGUGUGCACUAGCUCAGACGGUAGUCGCCAUUCUCAGUUAGUAUGCGCCAAAUCAAGAAUUGCACCAAUAAAUAUAUUAACAAUACCGCGGUUAGAACUUUGUGCCGCAGUACUAUUAUCAAAAUUAAUAAAAAAAAUUGUUCCAGCGUUACGAAUUAACGUUACAAAUACGUAUUGUUGGAGUGAUUCCAAUGUAGUAUUAGCAUGGAUCGCGGCGGAUGCAAUGCGUUGGAAACCGUUCGUAGCCAACCGUGUAAGGUUCAAAGGUUCUCGUCACAGUGGUCAUGGUCGUAUGUUAAUACAAAGGAGAACCCGGCCGACAUGUUAUCCAGGGGGUGUGAUGUACAAGAUCUACAAAAUUGUACGUUGUGGUGGAACGGACCAGCGUGGUUGA